UCAUUUCAUCUCCGGGCUACAUGGCUGCAGGAUGGACUCGCAUCAGCAUCAGCAUCAGCAGCAUCUUUUCUUCCUGCUACCACCAGGGACUCUUCAACCUCCAUCAAGUCUGGCGGGAACCGGAGCUUUUCUACGAGGCAAAACUUCCACCUGCCGACAUGUUUGGCUUUGAGGGCUCCUAGCAUCCCUCCAUAGAGACAUCAGAGGAGAGUUACAACAUCCAGCGCAUGUCAAUGUCUCUCACUCCAAACCGAAAGUCCUCCUCAGGUCAGCGCAGGCGCUCAGUGGGCACUAGUGGAUGCAGUGGCCGGUAUGCCCACAGUGACACAUUGAGUACCAACACCUAUCCUGGUCGGGUUAGAGCACUUGAAGGCAGCCCCGCAGCCAGGACGUAUCCAAAUACACCCAGGCGUCAGGCGAAGCAUACAGCUUGCAGUGACAACCAUGGGAUCAGACCUCCGACCCCAGAGCAGUACCUCACACCCCUGCAACAGAAGGAGGUGUGUAUACGACAUCUGCGAGCCAGGCUGAGAGAGAAUGUUGAAAGACUACAACACAGGGACUGUGAAAUAGAUGAGUUGAGGACCCAACUGUACAGGAUGCAGGAAGACUGGAUAGAAGAGGAAUGUCACCGUGUGGAGGCCCAGUUAGCACUGAAAGAGGCCCGCAAGGAGAUCCAGCACCUCCAAGAGGUGGUGGAGUCUGUGCGAUGCAAUAUGGGUGCUCGUGAACCUGAGCCACAUGAAAAUAAGCCAUAUACAGGGUUACAGCCUGCUCGGCCAGGAGGAAGGUCUCGCUCCUGUGGUUGUUCUCCAGCCAGCACUUUGAGCCGUGGCACCACCUACACUAGAACAAGCAACGAAGCUCUGCAGCUGGAACGCAGCCCAAACCCUCCUGAGUCGAGUGGGUUAUCUCGCCCAGCAGGACAAACCCACCUGCUUCUGGAGGCGGCCCUUUUAUCAGAGCAGCUGCCCCCACAGGCCCACAGCCGAGGCUCCCCAACUGUGCCCCGUUCUUCUACCUUUGAGAGGCUGUGCAGUGGGGGAGCUGUGCUGCCAAUGUCACACUCCUGCCACACACUCAGCAGCAGCUGCAGGUGCAACGGACACACCUACAUUCCCCAUCAUCACCUGUUUCUGCAUUUACCUCAGGAAGAAGCCCCAAUAGCUGUGGCAAAUGCUGUCGUUCCUGCCUCUGAUCCUAUUCCGACCCCUGCUCCAGCAGCUGAGAAGAAGCCAGAGGUUCGCUCCCAGGCCUGCAGCCCGACGAUGACGUGGCUGCAUGAGGAGGACAGCGUCGUUGAAGAGCUGAGUGUCAUCUCCUUAGCAACAGCAGACAUCAUGCCCUCAGAACCACAGACGUUGCCAUCAACUUUACCUCCUGUGUGUCCAACAGAGCAUUUAUACAGUAUAGGGCCAGUACCGCCUGACACGCAAAGUGAAGUAACAAAGACUACAGCAGAGCCCCAGACCUCCCAGCCCCCUCCUAUAGCUCAGCUCCCACUGAAGCAGGAAACCACAGCACCAGAGAGGGAGGAGGACAACAAGGACCAAACUGAUGACACAAAUGCAGAAGGGCACACCCCUCAGCAUUGUCACUGGAGCCGCUACUUCCUUGUAGACCUUCUAGCGCUGGCGGUCCCGGUGGUGCCCACAAUGGCGUGGCUGUGCCGAGGGGCGCAGCAGGAGGACAUGCCCGUGUAUCAUAUCGGAUCCCUGCUGAGAGGCUGCUGUGCUGUGGCCCUCCAUUCACUUCGUCGGCAGGGUGCAGGCAGAGGACACAGACCGACCAGCAUGAAUGGAGCUACUCCAAUCUAAGAUUUUCUGCUCCAUUUCAACUCCUCAGUAAAAAAAAUGCUCCAGACCUCUGCUACAUCUAUCCUGACUUCAGUGAUUUCAUUUAGGUCUUAAUAACAUGUGGAUAUCCACUCUUAUAAGAUUUUGAGAUCAUACACACACAUACGCCCUUGUAAGUUUGUGGUCAUGCCUUGCAUUAGAAAACAAAGGAUUAGUUGUACAUUAGAUGCUUUUCUCAAAUAGACUUACUGCUACUGCCUGCAGGUUAAGUGGUUUUUACUCUAAUACAGCAAUUUGCAUGUGGCACACAGUUUGGUUGGAUUCUCUCCUUGCUUGAAUUAAAAAAGCCCCUGGAUUUAAGAAGACACACACUUUAUUAUACCGCAAAGAAGUAAAAGAGAUUAAAAAUCUACGUUUCAGCCUUCAUCCUGAUGUCAGCAUUAAGUUUUCUUUUACAAUUAAAGUCUUUGGAGAACAAACACGUUCAGACAAAAAAGUCAGAACUUGUCUGACUUGCUAAUAAAUAUACAAACACAGGUAUAGAUUUACUUUACUCAUCCCCAGGGAGAAAAAAAAAAAGUUAAAAGUGAAUAGAUUUGCAGACUACUGUAACGUUGUACUUAUAUCAUUUCCAUUCAUGGAUUUAUGGUUAUGUACCGAAGCUUAAAAGUAUGGUUGUCAAAUCUAGUGCUCAGGUGUACUUGCAUAAAGAUCAUUGAUUUCUUGAAAAUAAAAAAAUGGGAGUAAGUUUCAACAUUGUACAGUCUAUUUUUCCCUUCUACUGGUUACCAUAAGUUUCCUUUAGGAAGUCAGAAUGUAAGGACUUUAAUUUGAUCAAGUCAUUGAUCAUUCUGAACAGGUACUGUUUUUGAAAUGUUUCUGUUCUGUCAUUUGGUCUUUAGAUACGCAGCUGAAUGACCAGUCCAUUUCCUAAAUUUGUUGAAAGAUGAAUGUUUUUUUGAUACAGUGAUGUCUAAAAAAUG